AUGUCUCAAAAUUCUGAAAAGCCGGUGUCCAUUCAGGAUGUAUCUGAUCCUACGGGUCCUGCAGCACGCAAAGGGGUUCUCGUAUCAUUUAGAACCGGUAAAACUAUGGAGAUACCGGAGAAAGACAUUCUUGGAAGAUGCCGCUUUGUUGGUGAAUUUGAGAAACUAAAUCGUAUCGGAGAAGGAACAUAUGGCAUAGUUUACCGUGCCAGGGACAAAAUGAGUAGCAACAUAGUGGCAUUGAAAAAAGUCAGAAUGGAUGUUGAGAAAGAUGGUUUACCUUUAAGUGGUCUUAGAGAAAUACAGGUAUUAAUGGCAUGUCGUCAUGAAAAUGUUGUGCAGCUAAAGGAGGUGUUAGUUGGACGGUCUCUUGAAAGUAUUUUCCUAUCCAUGGAAUAUUGUGAGCAAGAUUUGGCAUCUUUACUUGAUAAUAUGUCGUCCCCCUUCACGGAAUCUCAAGUAAAAUGUCUCAUGCUGCAAGUGCUAAAGGGUUUAAAAUAUUUACAUUCCAAUUUCAUUGUGCACAGAGAUUUAAAAGUAUCCAAUUUACUUCUUACUGACAAGGGCUGCGUUAAAAUAGCUGAUUUUGGUCUAGCCCGAUGGCUAGGUGCCCCUGCCAGAUGUGCUACACCUCGCGUAGUUACUCUCUGGUAUCGUGCUCCAGAAUUACUGCUACAGUCGCCUAAACAGACACCAGCACUUGAUAUGUGGGCGGCUGGGUGCAUUCUAGGCGAACUCUUAGCAAACAAACCCUUGUUGCCAGGACGGACUGAGAUUGAGCAGCUUGAGUUGAUUGUUGAUUUGCUUGGGACGCCAUCUGAUGCAAUUUGGCCAGAAUUUAGUUCGCUACCAGCCCUACAGAAUUUCACAUUAAAACAACAGCCGUACAACAAUUUAAAACAGCGCUUCCCAUGGCUCUCUGCUGCAGGGUUGCGUCUGCUUAAUUUCCUUUUCAUGUAUGACCCUAAGAAGCGAGCCACAGCUGAGGAGUGCCUUCAGAGCUCGUACUUCAAAGAACAACCGCUACCUUGUGAUCCAAAGCUGAUGCCAAGCUUCCCACAGCACAGGAAUAUGAAGGGACAGAAGGGGUCCAACCAACUUAAUAUACCGUUAUCGAACCUGAACACUGGUGCUAAUGAUCAGACGAAUAAUCUUCCAGCGAUAUCUGAUCUCCUGGGAUCCCUAGUUAAGAAGAGGAGAUUAGAUUAA